AUGGAAUCAUAUGGAGCUGUUUUCGGAAAAUAUUUCUCAUUGAUUUGCGGAGCAUUAGGAAUAAAAAAAGUGAGACUCGAUGAGUUGCUUCCAGCUGUUGUCCAAGAUCUGAAAAUGUAUGGUUAUAUCGUGGAUCUGGUCGCCGUUCGUCAGGAACUUGAAGGAAGGAAAAAUUCAAUUGGAACAAGCUGUCACCGAGUUGCUCAAGAAGAGAAAAGAAAUUUGGCUGCGAAGCAACCUGCAAAAAAAGCAAAAAAGCGGACUGCAAAAACCAAGAAGAAGUCGUCUGGCAGCUCGGUUUCCAAGAAGACAACAAAAACAACCGACAAACAGGCUGACAGUUCAAUUGACGAUACGGCUACCACAUCGGCUAGCAAACUAAUCGACGUUGCGGCCGACGAAGCUGGUAAAUCGGUUGACAAAUCGAUUGACAAUUCGGUUGGCAAAUCCGUUCAUAAUUCGGCGGACGAAUCGGCUGAUAAAACUGCUAUUGGACUUUGA